UUAAAAGAGAAGGAACUGGAAUCCUCUACUGAGAAACUUGAACCUCAACAUCUAAAGAGUUUCAGAAAGCCUGACGAUGAGGAGGAUAAAAUCUCUGAAUACAAUUUUCAAAAUGAUCAGGAAACAGAGAAUGACAAUAUAAAUCAGAAACAGCCAAAGAUGACAGAGACUGAAUUAGAAGUACCCACUGCACUGAUAGAAGAAAAGAAGCUUCAACAGGAGGAUGCACCGUUCCUUAAACCUUCCUUUACAGAAGUGAGCCUUGACCAGGACUUCUUUAUUCUGCUUUUACAACUCUUAGGAGCCUUUCACGACAUGAUCUCAGUUUGGUUCCUGGUUGGACUGGCCUCAAGUUUUACUGUAACUGUGAUUGUUGGGAAGAAACUGAGAAAAAGGAAUAUGGAUUUAGAGAAGAAAAUGCCACAGCUUCAAAGUGACUUCCAAGGCCAUGAAUCUCUGGUGAAUACACUGAUGGAGGUGAACGCUGAGCUGGAGAACAUGAGAGAUCGACUCAAAGAGCAGCUGGAGGAGAUGGAGAGGAAGAGGGAAGAGAACAAACUGAAACUCCAGGCACUGGAAACUGAAAUCAGGGAAAAGUACAUGAGUUAUGAUAAAAAAGAGGAAUUAUUAAGAGAAAAAGAAAACCUCCUGCAGGAACAGCGGAGGCUGGAUCACACAAAGAAAGAUAUAAAAAUUCAGGUGCUGAACAUGGAGAAACUUCAUGGACCCAUAGAGAUUCAGCUUGCCAGGUUGUAUCAAAAAUAG